AUGCGGAAGAUGAGGGAUAUCGUCACCCUGCCCGCCGACAAGGGACGCUCGACGGUUGUCAUGGACAAGAUCGAGUACACGGCGAAAUCGGAAGGUCUGUUGGAGGUCGAAGUUGCCUAUAAGCUGUCGGAGACUGGAGAGUUCAAGAAGCACGUGAACAGUGUAAACAAGGCGAUAGACAAGUUAAGGAAGGCAGGAGCCCUCAAGAGGCAGGAAGCACUGGCCGCAAAAGCCACCGAUGCCGCCAUGGCGCGCUUCUACGGUCUGCCAAAAGUGCCUAAAUCGGGAGUACCUCUACGCCCCAUAGUCUCCUUACGCGGCACCCCGAACUUUGGACUGUCAAAGUGGCUUGACCAACGAUUCCGUUUCCUGACCGAGGAUUCCGAAGGGCCGGUGGAAUCGAUUGGACAGUUUUUGAGGAGUAUCAGGCAGCUUGAAUUAGAACCAGACGAGAUGAUGAUAUUGUUUGAUGUGGUCUCCUUAUUCACCUCCAUUACAACCGACCUUGCUAUCAGCACCAUUGACGAGCUUCUUCAGGAGAAGUAUGAUGAAACUGAUCAACGGCUUAAACAAACGCACGUCAUCGGACUCCUGGAAUUGGGUCUCAGAACUUUCUUCACUUUCACUUACGAGCAAAAGAAGGGAACAACGAUGGGCUGCCUGCUGUCUGGACUGAUUGCGGAGGCUGUUCUGCAGAGGCUCGAGCGACUGGUCUUCCGUUCGUACUCCCCAAAAUUCUGGGCCAGUUAUAUCGACGACACAUUUGUCGUAAUCAAAAGGAACGACGGUCAGGACUUCAAGGUCUUGUUGAACUCAAUAUUCCUCGACACCAAAUUUACAAUGGAAGAGGAGAACAACAACCAGUUGCGCUUCCUUGACGUAAACUUCACAAGGAUGGCUAAUGGGGGGAUCAGGAAUAUGGUAUAGCAAAAGGCAAAGAAUACUAGACGCAUCCUCCAAUUCCGGAGUAACCCCCCCAUCGGUCACAAACGCAGUUGUGUCAGAGCUCUUUUCCAACGAGUUCAAACAGACUGUAAUGACAACGGCGGCAGAAGGGAGGAAGCAAAAUAACUACAUUCCCUAUUCGCAGCCAAUGGUUACCCACGAUCCUUCAUACGUGGGUACCGAAGAAGAAUCAACUGCGAACGAUCUAACGAUAAGAAGCCGAAGUUGUGGCUCGGAAUCCCCUACAUGAGGAAUGUUUCUGAGGGGACAGCAAGAAUCCUGGGUCAUUUUGGGAUUGCGGUGGCCCAUAAACCGGAAUCCACUAUCAGGCAGCAGAUAAUGAGGCCCAAAAACCAACUACCUGCAACGGAACAAUUAUCAGUGCUCUACAGCAUACCUUGCCGGUAUUGCAGCGCGAGAUAUGUCGGUGAAAUGGGCAAACGCCUCUGCACGAGAUUGCAAGAGUACCAGCUUGCAGUCAACCGCGAGGAUAAGCUGUCAGCGGUAUAUGACCACAUACAACAGGAGAAACGCAGUUUCGCCUUUGGGGAGGCGAGCGUCAUCGUCCGAGCCAGCGACAAAAUGGCCUGACUGGUUCUCGAAAGUUGGUCCUCAGUUGACACAAUCAACAGAGCCAUUGAUCUUCAUCCGACCUACCAGGCGCUACGUACGAGGCUCCAGUCAGUUCAGACGGGGCCGACAGCACUGGAGAGCGGGUAGCGGCUCCUCCAACAGUUGUCACCUUCACAGCAGGGUGAGAGAGCCAGCCGGGGGUCAGACGAUCGACGCGAGACAUCGACUCACCGACGCGCCCAAACAUCCGAUUGCGAUUCCCACACGCAACGGCAGCUGAUCAGCUCGUCAUAUUAUGGGGGAGGGCCCAUGGGCACACGGAUCUAGCCACGACAACGGAGGCCGGGCAGGGGCAGAGGUCACACGAGCAGCCCAGCGGUCGGCUACGGAGGGACCAAAGUCAAUCCCCUGCCAGCAGGCAGGUCAGAGUUCGUGUAUCAGGCAUGCCUAUAACACGAGGCAGGCGGCGAGACAGAACAACUCUGAGCUAGCAGGAACAAACACCCUACCACUACUAGGAUGAUGGAAACGACGAAGUUUCCAAAACGUCAGCAACAAAAUGUCGUGGUCCAUGGAAUCGCUCCUAUUUUCUUCUUCGUCUUUUUUGGGGAUGAUGAACGGGAUAAUCUGUCUGGACCUCGAAUCUUCGCUCAUGUAUAUAUGCAUUUUUAGACACGGUUGGUGGUGGAACGUCGCAUCGGCAUCGUCGAGACGAGGCUCCGCCUGGUACGCCGUGGAUCAGCCGGUGGGAUGGAUCUCCGAAUUGGCACCGUCGACACGCGCCCAUCUGGUGCACCGUAGGAGACCGCAGGCUUGCGGCAAUGCCGUAAGCCAUUGGCAAAUUCGAGUCGUUCUUCCACUGCCAAAAAACUUGUGGCCCACAGUGGAGUUCGGCCGCGCCGGCACAUCAAGCAGCCCCUAUUCAGGGGUCAGGGCACUGCUUCCUUCGGGGGGGCCUGGAAAAGCUGGCCUAAAAAUUGCUGGGGAACCACGUCGUCUGCUGGCGCACCGUGGUCGCAGACGCAAAACUCGCGGUCGAAACAAUCAAAAUCGAAACAACAACAACAACCAUACUCAUUCUCCUCAUCCUACCUCUUCUUCCUCUACCUCCGUCUAUUCUUCUGCCUAUACUUCUCCUUCGUCAUCUUCUUCUCCACCUCCUUCCCGUCGCCCCACUCGCUUUCCCCAGACUGACAGGGUGAGCCCGCUCACUCUGGCAGCCUGGAAUGUUCUUUCCCUUUUAGACAAUCCGAGGAGCAACCGACCGGAACGGGGGACGGCGCUAGUGGCACGAGAACUGGCGCGCUACAAGGUGGACAUCGCCGCACUCAGCGAGACCCGAUUCUCCGAACAAGGCCAACUGGAGGAGGUGGGUGCCGGCUACACCUUCUUCUGGAGUGGUCGACCCAAGGCAGAGCGACGAGACGCGGGCGUCGCCUUCGCCAUUCGGAACAACAUCGUGGGACGACUGCCCAGUCUACCGCAAGGCAUCAAUGAUCGCCUGAUGAGCCUCCGCCUGCCUCUCUGGGGAGGCAAAUUCGCCACCAUCAUCAGCGCCUACGCUCCGACCAUGACCAACCCCGACGCCGUCAGAGACAAAUUCUACGAGGACCUGCACGCCCUCGUGGCGACUGUGCCGAAGGCGGACAAGUUGAUUGUCCUUGGUGACUUCAACGCCCGCGUCGGCACAGACCAUACUGCCUGGAGGGGAGUGCUGGGUCCCCACGGUAUCGGCGGCUCCAACGACAACGGCCUGCUGCUUCUCCGCACCUGCGCAGAACACCGCCUCAUCCUGACGAACACGUUCUUCUGUCUGCUGGAGCGAGAGAAGGCCACCUGGAGGCAUCCUCGGUCGCGCCAGUGGCACCUGCUGGACUAUGUCCUCGUCCGGAGGCGAGAUCAGCGGGAUGUGCUGGUGACGAAGGCGAUCGCGUGAGCUGAUGGGUGGACCGGCCAUCGCCCCGUCAUCUCGAAGAUGCGUAUUCGCCUACAGCCUCGCAGGAGACCACAAGGUAAGCGACCCCCAGGUAAGCUGAAUGUUGCCUUGUUGUCUUUGCCCGCUCAUCAUCUUCAUUUCAGCAAUGAGCUAGCUCAAAGGCUAGACAACCUUCCAAUCGCUGACGCCGACGAAGCCGCCGCCACUGCCGAGAACGCCCCCGUGGAGAAACGCUGGUGUCAACUGCGAGACACGGUCCAGUCGACGGCGCUCGCCGUCCUCGGUCGCGCUCCCCGCCAACACCAGGACUGGUUCGACGACAACUACGCCGCCAUCAGAAAUCUGCUUGCUGAGAAGAACCACCUUCACAAAGCCUACGCAGAUCACCACACUGAGGACAACAAAGCUGCCUUCUACCGCAGUCGCCGCCAACUUCAGCAACGACUGCGCGAGAUGCAGGACGCCUGAACUGCUCGCAAAGCUGAGGAGAUCCAAGGCUACGCGGGCCGGAACGAAUGGAAGAACUUCUUCUCCGCGAUCAAAGCUGUCUACGGUCCGCCGACGAAGGGCACUGCUCCUCUCCUCAGCGCCGACGGCAGCACUCUCCUGACUGAGAAGACGCAAAUCCUGCAGCGAUGGGCCGAGCGUUUCCGAGGCGUCCUCAACCGCCCCUCCGUCAUCUCCGACACCGUCAUCGAGCGUUUGCCGCAAGGGGAGACCAACGUGGACCUCGACCUUCCGCCAUCCCUCCAGGAAACCAUCAGGGCCGUACAGCAGCUCUCCAGCGGGAAAGCACCCGGAUCGGACGUGAUCCCUGCUGAGGUCUACAAGCACGGGGGUCCCCUACUAAUGGAACACCUGACUGCGCUCUUCCAGGAGAUGUGGCGUCAAGGUGAAGUGCCGCAAGACUUCAAAGACGCAACAAUCGUGCACCUAUACAAACGCAAAGGAAACCGCCAAGUGUGCGACAAUCACCGCGGCAUCCCCUGCUGA